AUGGCAACGAAAUAUCUGGUUUAUAUGGUACAGGUCCAUACCAAUUUUAGGAAAGCUGAGUUGGAGUCAUUAGCCGAGCUAUACGGUAUCAAAUCGAUCGAUUUCACAAAACAUGAUGAGCAAAGCCCAUUUUUCUUGGUUGAAUUAGAAGGGGAUCAGCAAGCUAGGGAUUGGAUUAAGAGAUCAAUACUGACAAGAGGAAUUUAUGAGUACUGGGGUGAGGGUGCGACGCUGGAGGAAUUGCAUGAAAAUGUCCAGUCACAGCCAUUCUUCGAACAUUACAAGGAUACUUACAAGAAUGACUCGUUUAAAUUCGAGUUUGAAUCAUAUAAGGGCACAAGCAAAGCGAAUAGGGUGAAGCAGAUUGAGAGCUUUGCUUACUUAGAUUUUCGUGGCAAGAUAGACUUGAAAUCCGCAAAACAGACAUAUACGCUAAUUGAGGAGUACAAACCACUGUCAGAUAAUGUGCCAGGAACUGUGCCAAUUCAUUUAUACUUUGGCCGAUUGGUUCAGCGAAGUGAUCGUCUCGCUGUGGAGAAAUACGAUUUGAAAAAAAGGCCAUACAAGGGAACCACCAGCUUCGAGGCAGAGUUGUCGCUCGUAAGCGCCAAUAUAGCUCAGGUAAAACCAGGUACGAUAAUGUACGACCCGUUUGCAGGUACGGGAUCGUUUCUCUGUGCUGGUGGACAUUACGGUGCGCUCGUUGUAGGAUCAGAUAUUGAUGGCAGAAUGAUUAGAGGUAAAGGCGCUGCGCAAAACAUAAAUUCGAAUUUCAGACAUUACAAGGAGAACAACAGGUUCCUGGACGUCCUCACUAUGGAUUUUACGCAUAACUCGUUACGUUCUAACUUAGUGAUCGACACAAUACUAUGUGAUCCGCCGUACGGGAUCAGAGAAGCCAUCAAAGUACUAGGCGCGAAGGAUCCUCAAAGAUUUGUUGGGAAAGAAAACGUAGAGAUUGAUGGUCAAAAGGCCUAUCUAAGGCGUGAUUACAUACCCACAAAGAAACCCUAUUCGCUGGAUUCUCUGCUGGAUGAUCUUCUGCAGUAUGCAUCUGAGAGGCUACCGAUUGGCGGCCGUCUAGCAUUUUGGAUGCCCACUGCCAAUGACGAAAACAUUGAAACCAUUAUACCGCUGCACUCAAAUUUGGAACUGAAGUACAAUUGUGUCCAAGAGUUCAACAAAUGGUCAAGGCGGUUGCUUGUAUAUAUCAAUCGGGGACCGGAUUUUCACGGAAAGACUAAUCAUGGAUCGUCCAGAUCCAGAAGCAACUUUAGAGAUAGAUACUUCAAGAACUUUAAUUAA